AUGGCAGCCAUGGCCGCUGGAGUAUCCAAGAAGCGGGCAGUGGCCCAAGGUCUUGGCUCUAACCAGAAAGCUGUGAAAUACUUGGGCCAGGACUUUGAGACCUUGAGGCAACAGUGCUUGGACUCAGGGGUCCUGUUUAAGGACCCGGAGUUCCCAGCAUGUCCGUCAGCCUUGGGCUACAGGGACUUUGGACCGCAUUCUCCACAAACUCAAGGCAUCGUCUGGAAACGGCCCACGGAAUUGUGUCCCAGCCCUCAGUUUAUCGUUGGUGGAGCUACUCGAACGGACAUUUGUCAAGGUGGUCUAGGUGACUGCUGGCUUCUGGCAGCCAUUGCCUCCCUCACGUUGAAUGAAGAGCUGCUGUACCGAGUGGUUCCCAAGGACCAGAGCUUCCAGAAGGGCUACGCGGGGAUCUUUCACUUUCAGUUCUGGCAGUAUGGCGAGUGGGUGGAGGUGGUCAUUGACGACCGACUGCCCACCAGGGACGGGCAGCUGCUCUUCCUACACUCCGAAGAAGGCAGUGAGUUCUGGAGCGCCCUGCUGGAGAAAGCCUACGCCAAGCUUAAUGGUUCUUAUGAAGCUCUUGUAGGAGGGUCCACGAUGGAGGGCUUUGAGGAUUUCACGGGCGGCAUCUCAGAGUUUUACGACCUGAAGAAACCACCAACCAGUCUGUAUCAGAUCAUCCGGAAGGCCCUCCGCGCGGGGUCCCUGCUGGGCUGCUCCAUCGAUGUCUCCAGAGCAGGUGAAACAGAAGCCAUCACCAGCCAGAAGCUGGUUAAGAGUCACGCGUACUCCAUCACGGGGGCUGAAGAGGUGGAUUUCCGUGGCCGUCCAGAGAAACUCAUCAGACUCAGGAAUCCGUGGGGCAAUGUGGAGUGGAGGGGGGCCUGGAGCGAUGAUGCACCAGAGUGGAAUUACAUAGACCCCAGGCUGAAGGAAGAGCUGGACAAGAAAGCUGAGGAUGGGGAGUUUUGGAUGUCCUUUUCGGAUUUCUUGAGGCAAUUCUCUCGACUGGAGAUCUGCAACCUGUCCCCAGACUCCCUGACCAGUGAGGAGGUGCACAAGUGGAACCUGGCUCUGUUCAAUGGCCGCUGGGUGCGGGGCUCCACCGCCGGGGGCUGCCAGAACUACCCAGCCACCUACUGGACCAAUCCCCAGUUCAAAAUCCGUUUGGAGGAGGUGGACGACAGCCACGAGGAGUACGCCGGAGAGCCCCACUGUACGGUGCUGCUGGGUCUGAUGCAGAAGAACCGCAGGCGGCAGAAGAGAAUAGGACAAAGCGCCCUGAGCAUUGGCUACGCCGUCUACCAGGUUCCCAAAGAGCUGGGGAACCAUACCGAUGUGCACCUGGGCCAGGACUUCUUCCGGGGCCACCAGCCCUCAGCCCGCUCCAGCACCUACGUCAACCUGCGUGAGGUCACCGGCCGGGCCUGGCUGCCCCCGGGGGAGUACCUGGUGGUGCCGUCCACCUUCGAGCCCUUCAAGGAUGGCGAGUUCUGCCUGAGGGUGUUCUCGGAGAAGAAGGCCACGGCCCUGUGCGUGCUCCUUGCCCUCCCUGGAGAUUCACCCAAGUCCCCUAAGCUGAAGGGUAGUGGGGAUUACUUCCCCGCACUCCUGGGAGAGGAGCCCCCUAGGCCCUGGCACUGCGUCCCUCCACACCCCAGUGAGGUGGAGCAAGAAGACAGCCAGUUCAAGAGCCUGUUUGAGAAGCUGUCAGGGCAGGACUCAGAGAUCAGUGCCAGUGAGCUCAAGACGGUUCUGAAUGGGGUGUUUUCCAAACGGAACGAGUGGCUGAUGGGAGCAGGGCCAGGAGGAGACGGCUGCAGGGUCUUUGGCUUCUGCCUUGGCUCCCAGGAGAUUUACCAGGAAACCGAUUAUAACCACACUGGGACCAUCGAUGCCCACGAGAUGAGGACAGCUCUCAAGAAGGCAGGUUUCACCCUCAGCAACCAGGUGCAGCAGACCAUCGCCAUGCGGUAUGCAAACAGCAAACUCAGCAUCGACUUUGAAGGCUUCGUUGCUUGCAUGAUCCGCCUGGAGAGCCUCUUCAGCUGUGGCCAAGGGAGGACCAGGAGACAGAACCAACUGUUGCCUUUGGGUGGCUGGGGUCAAGGACAACUCCAGUGUCUCUGUGGCACCCUGGGGGCAAGGGGAAGCAGAAACUGA